AUGAGUGAAAAUAUUGAUGAACAUAUUCUCAAAAAAUAUGAGGUCAUCUAACGUAUUGGUAAAGGAGCCUAUGGAAUCGUAUGGAAAGCCAAAGAUCUUAAAACUCUAAAAAUAGUUGCACUCAAAAAAGUGUUUGAUGCAUUCAACAAUCCCACUGACGCUCAGCGCACAUAUAGAGAAGUUACAUUCCUUAAAUAGCUGAAACACCCAAACAUUGUCUCAAUUAUUGAAACCUAUCCUGCUAAUAACAAAAUCGAUCUCUACAUUGUAUUUGAAUAUAUGGAAACAGAUUUGCAUAUUGCCAUCAGAGCUAACAUACUAUAAGCAGAGCAUCGUCGAUACAUUACAUAUUAAUUAAUUAAAGCAUUGAAAUACAUUCACUCAGCAGGAAUGAUACAUCGAGAUCUUAAACCUGCUAAUAUUUUAAUUGAUUCUGAAUGCUAAAUAAAAUUGGCUGACUUUGGUCUAGCUCGUAUGGUUGGAUCACAUGAUUCUGAUAUCUUAACUGAUUAUGUGGCUACAAGAUGGUUCAGAGCUCCAGAAAUUCUCCUUGGCUCCAAAUCCUAUUCUUAUGGUAUUGACUUAUGGUCCGUUGGUUGUCUAAUGGGAGAAAUGAUCCUAGGGAAAGCAUUGUUCUCUGGAAACAGCACUAUAAACCAACUUGAAAAAAUAGUUGAUAUUCUUGGUAGUCCCAAUGCCUAAGAAAUAAUUGCCAUGGGCGGACAAUCAUAAAUAUUUUUAAACCAAUUCAGACCAUCUAAACAAAAACUUAAUUCUUUACUUGGCUGUCCUAAAGAUGAAUUAGAUAUCAUCUCCAAAUUACUAUAGUACGAUCCUGCUAAACGAUUAAGCAUUGAUGAAUGCUUAAAACAUUCUUAUUUUAAAGAAUAUCGCAACGUUAAGGAGGAAAUUUGCUAUCAUGGAUCUAUUAUACUCUAAUUGCAAGAUGAUAAACAAUAUCCAAUCUCUACAUACAGAGAUGUUUUAUAUAAAAAAAUGGAUUAUUCAAGAAUCAUUACCUUAGUUAAUAAGCAAAAGAAAAUCGUUGAAGAACUUGCAUUGAAAAAAUAAUAACAAACUUUUAAGUAGCUCAUUGAAUAAAAAAGUGCAUAAUCUAUUAAAUAAUACAGAAGCACUAAAUUCUUGAAAAAUACUUAUUCAAACUCAAAUUUAUUAGAUAAAAGCCCAUUGAAUAAAUCCUAAUAGUAAUAAUAAUAACAAUAACAAUAAUAACAACAAUUAAACUCUACCUCUAAUAUCAAAAAUAAAUUGAGGUCCAUCUGUCAAUAAUCUGAAGCAAGACAAAGAAGUGCAAUAUCGAAAUAAUCUAAUUCUUCGUCCAAAUAUAAUAUUCUUCAUAAUGUUACUAAUACUUCUUUGAGUCCACAUUCUGCAAUUAAUUCUAGGUAUUUACCUAACAGGUUCCACCAAAAGCAUAAUGAUUUUUGAUAUUCAUUUUAACUUAUACACUAAUUUAUAUGAAAACCA